UAGGGCAAGAGUUGUAUCCUAUAUACAACUCUUCGCUUUAUAUCGAAACUCUCUUUUCCUUCCCCAAACACCAGGAGAGCUUCACAAAAACCCUAAGAAGUUCCUCCACAAGAUUUCUCUCUAAUCUUUCAAUCGAUCGAUUCAUCACUUCAAGUCAUGGCAGGUGUUGCAGCAGAAGGAUCUCAGUUUGAUACUCGUCAAUUUGACACCAAGAUGAACGAAUUGCUUUCAACUGAUGGACAAGACUUCUUUACAUCAUACGAUGAAGUCUAUGACAGCUUUGAUGCCAUGGGUUUACAAGAAAACCUUUUAAGAGGCAUCUAUGCAUAUGGUUUUGAGAAACCAUCUGCAAUUCAACAAAGGGGAAUUGUCCCCUUCACUAAGGGCCUAGAUGUAAUUCAACAAGCUCAAUCUGGAACUGGAAAGACAGCAACUUUUUGCUCUGGAAUCCUUCAACAACUUGACUACAAUGUAGUCGAAUGCCAAGCCUUGGUUUUGGCACCUACCCGUGAACUUGCUCAACAGAUUGAAAAAGUCAUGCGUGCCCUUGGUGACUACCUUGGUGUCAAAGUCCAUGCUUGUGUAGGUGGGACCAGUGUACGUGAGGACCAGAGGAUUCUCUCAGCUGGGGUCCAUGUUGUUGUGGGGACACCUGGACGUGUGUUUGACAUGCUGCGCAGACAGUCUCUAAGGUCUGACUACAUUAAGAUGUUUGUUCUUGAUGAAGCUGAUGAAAUGCUCUCAAGGGGUUUCAAAGAUCAGAUUUAUGACAUCUUCCAGUUGCUUCCACCAAAGGUUCAAGUUGGGGUGUUCUCUGCAACAAUGCCACCAGAGGCACUUGAGAUCACAAGAAAGUUCAUGAACAAACCAGUGAGGAUUCUUGUGAAAAGAGAUGAGUUAACCCUAGAAGGAAUCAAACAGUUCUAUGUGAAUGUUGAAAAGGAAGAUUGGAAACUCGAAACACUCUGUGAUCUUUAUGAGACCCUAGCAAUCACUCAAAGUGUCAUCUUUGUGAACACUCGUCGAAAGGUUGACUGGUUGACUGACAAGAUGAGAAGCCGGGACCACACAGUGUCAGCCACUCAUGGUGACAUGGAUCAGAACACGCGUGACAUAAUCAUGCGGGAGUUUCGUUCAGGAUCUUCACGUGUCUUGAUCACUACAGACCUUUUGGCCAGGGGUAUUGAUGUCCAACAGGUUUCACUUGUUAUCAACUAUGACCUUCCUACCCAACCAGAAAACUACCUUCACAGGAUUGGAAGAAGUGGAAGGUUUGGAAGAAAGGGUGUUGCCAUUAACUUUGUGACCUUGGAGGAUGAGAAGAUGCUUUCUGAUAUUCAGAAGUUUUACAAUGUGGUUGUUGAGGAGCUGCCUUCAAAUGUUGCUGAUUUGAUUUGAAAAGAUUUUGUUGGUUGAGAAGGAGAUCGAUACUUUUUGGGGUAUGGUAUGGAUUAUUAGUUAACUUUAGCUUAUAUUAGAUGGAUCCUAUCUAUUUUCUUUGUUCCUGAAUCCUGCUUUUCCGGGUUUGUGUUGUUUAUGAUCCGUUGUUUAAUUUAGACAAGAAUUUUGAUCGUGGUGAUAUUUGAUUUAAUGUUUUCAAAUCUAUGACAUGAUUGGUGCAUGAUUUUGACCAA